AUGCGUCUACAAAACAUCAUCUUCCUCUUUGCAGCCCAAGAGGCUGUUGCUAACCACGUCAAGUGGGCGGGCGUCAAUCUGUUUGGCCUCGCCAACGAUAUCAACAUCCUUGGUUCGGCAUACAACACAUUCCUCAGCCUGUCCUGUGGGCCGUCAUACAACAGCUACCCUUAUAUCGACAGCAUCGAAAACUAUGAAUCAUGGCAUGAUAAAGGCUUCAAUCUCUUCCGAAUUGCCGUAGCAUGGCAGCAUAUUCAGGCGUCUCUUGGCGGUAAUUUGAACGAAACAAAUAUGGAAGCUGUGGAUAGGAUGGUCAAGAGGAUCACAGAUGAUGGUGGACAAGCCAUCUUGGACAUUCAUAACUAUGCGCGCUGGUAUUGCGCUGUCAUCGGUCAGCCGGAAUUGUCUUUUCUCAAUCCCAAUAUCACUGUCACCAACGACGACUUCGCCGACCUUUGGACCAGACUUGCUCAGAGAUACAAGUCGAAUCCCAAAGUGAUAUUCCAGCUAAUGAAUGAGCCUCACGAUCUCGACAUUGCCAAAUGGGGGGCCACAAAUCAGGCGGUGAUACUUGCGAUUCGAAAUAUCACCAGUAAACAUAAAAUUCUCAUAUCAGGAACCCAAUUUGCACGGCUUGUCGACUGGGAAGCCUUUUCCUCUCCAGGAAUUGGUCCCGGGCUUGUCCAGGACCCGGCGAAUAAUACUCUAUACGACUUCCAUCAGUAUUUCGAUGAUCUAGGUGGAGCCUACGGCCUCUGUGAGCCUUGGAGCGGGUUCGUGAGGAGCUUCGAAGCUGUCACCAAAAUUCUGCGGAGCAAUAACCUCCGAGGAAUGAUCACAGAAUUUGGUGGUGGGCCUUUUCCCCAGUGUGUCGAUACUAUUCGAUCUAUGCUGGCAUUUCUCGAUCGUAAUAGCGAUGUUUGGUACGGCUGGACUGCAUGGGGAAGUUUCAACGAGGACUCGGAUUUGUACUUGAGCUUGGAAUGGAACUCCACUCAUAACCUUAUCACACGGACACUGGAAGAAUUUCUGCCUUAG